AUGCUGAUGGUGGCCAACAGGCUCCAGGGGCCGCUCCAUCUCGAGUCAGUGAUCCAGCCAAUCGACGUGAAGAUCUCCGACGCCAUCAUGACCAUGCAGGAGAACAGCAUGCAUGUGUCUGCAAAGGUCUUUCAGGGAUGCGGCCCUCCAAAGCCUUCGGGAAUUGGACGCUCGGCUCGAGGGAUUUCAGAUGUAUUCAGCGGGCGAUUCAAACACUUUAGUCACGAAGAAAGGCCCACGACGGCUUCGGGGACAAGCCUCGACAGACUGAGGAUUGUGUGGAGGACAAUGCAACACAGUGUGAUUGACAUUGAGAAGAAGCUGCGCGAGUCCAAGCGAUUCUGGUCCAAACUGCCGGACGACAUCUGCGCCAGGGGCCAGUUUAGCGAGCUGGAAGACGAGCAGUGUUGGAACAGCCACGCCAAAGCCAGAUAUUUCCCUGAAGUGGUGAAGGAGGGACUGACAAACCAGAUCAAUAAUCCAGAGGUGGAUAUAGACAUCACGCGGCCGGACACGCUGAUCCGACAGCAGAUUAUGGCUCUGCGCGUCAUGACCAACAAACUCAAGAACGCGUACAACGGCAACGACAUCUACUUCCAGGACUCCAGUGACGAGGGCAGUGCGUCGGGCAGUGGCAGCGGCUGUACUGAAGGCUGCACCACAGAGUACGCGUACCGGGGGACCGAGGAGGCUCCUGUGGUGGAGGCCGAUCGCAGCGAUGAGCGGGCAGGAUCAGCGGGACACUCCCCCUCACACAGACCCUCACCUCACCUGCUCCUGGUCACUCUGGCCCUCCCCCUGUGGGCCAUGCAGCGGCACUGCAGAUAA